CCGCAAACAAACCUCCUCCCUUACGGUUACGGACUCGAGAAACUUUUGAAGGUCCAGACCCUGGCCUUGGAUCCGGGAAAUGAGCCUGACUUUACUCCUGGCCUGGCCCUAACGCUCAAGCCGAUCUCUCGUUUUUCACGUCUCUCAUCUCUCAUCGGGACCUUGUUUUGCGAUUUUCCUCAUCUCACCUUUAUCCCGCCCGCUGACGACUCCCGAACCUCAAACAACAGUUGCAUGACUGUCAGAUCCACGUCACCAUGUCUAUCAACUGGGUGAUGCUCAACGAUCAGGAUAGCUUUGUCCGCCUCCCCAACGAGCGCCUGAUUUACACCUCACCUCCCCGCACCAGCCUGGCGCUGACACCCCCAUCGGGCUACAAGGGCAAAGAGACCUUGUCGGUACAGAGCAGCGCGGGCUGUAUUCAUCUCACUAACCAGCGGGUCGUCUACCUACCGGCCCAGAAAUCGAACGACUUUCAAUCCUUCUCCUCUCCUUUACUCAACGUCCGCGACUCCCAUGUUUCCGCCCCAUUUUUCGGUCCCAAUGUUUGGACUGCGCUCGUACAACCAGUCGCUGGAGGCGGCAUCUCCCCGUCGCUACCCGCCGUCCAAAUCAAGGUAACCUUCAAAGAAGGCGGUGCCUUCGACUUCCACACCAACUUUGAGCGGAUCAGGGAGCGCUUGGAACAGGCAGUGGAGAACGUGAGCGAUGGCCCGCGAGGAAUGCGCGGCGUGGAUCUCUCUGCGGUGCACCUUGACGAGUUGCCGGCUUACGAUGCCCCGGGGAACACAGCACCACUUCCUCCGGUCUCGACCGGUGCUCCGACAGCGCCCCAGCACACUCGACAGGUGUCCGAGGCAGGACCUGAACCGGUAGAACCGCCGCCCUGUUAUGAAGAGGUGCAGUCGCAGAGCGUGGCCCAGGAGCUCGAGGAGAGUUUACGACGGGCCAGUUAAUCUAUCGGUUGCAGUAGCAGGAUUGAGGUGAAUGGGAACUCGGCAUGAGCUAUCCUCGUUCUUUUCUUUAUUUUCUCCCAUAUGAACCAGGCUCUGAGAGCCAAGAGGAUACCAUUUUCAUGUACAUUAUAAUUCUCCGAUUUGAUAGUUACUUAAAGCGGUUACGGCAGUUCCCCAUAGAAAGCGAUCGGGACUGACUUGACGUGCACUGGCGCCACUCCAAUGACCAAUCUACCGGUCACGUAAUGGACCUUCGCGAUUCACAUAGAGCUUGAAG